UCCAAUGUGUAAACUCUAAAGUCUUCAUGUGAUUAGUAAUAUUAUACUUUGCUCUAGCACCAGAAAUGAAGGAGUUGAUUUCCAUGGUUUUUUGUCUUCCUCUGCCAAUAUCAAACUCCUUCUGAUUUGAGGGAUAGAGCUAGAUUCACCAACAACAAGAGAAGAGUCUAGCUAGUUAGCUAGAAAUUAAGAUAGGACAAACUAUACUUAAUCAUCACUAUAUAUUUUGUAUCAUUAACUUUUGUUCAAAUGUCAAAUAUCACAGCAACAGGUGAGGAAGGAAGCUUCUCUUCAGGGAAUAAUAAUAAUAAUAAUAAUAAUGAUCAUCUUAACAGCACUACAACCGGAGAUGAAGAAGUCAUUCAGGGAAAUCAACAAAAAAAACAGAUACACUUUCAUGGCUCCAAUUCCUCUAUUCCUUCCGCUACUACUACUCUUAGUACUAACAGCAACGAUUCUUCUUCUCAACAACCAGUUCUGCCUAAGAAGAAAAGAAAUCUUCCAGGAACUCCAGAUCCAAAUGCUGAAGUUAUAGCUCUAUCACCAACAACCCUAAUGGCAACAAACCGUUUUGUGUGUGAGAUAUGCAACAAAGGGUUCCAAAGAGACCAAAACCUUCAGUUACACAGAAGAGGCCACAAUCUACCAUGGAAGCUUCGACAAAGAACGACAACAGAGGUGAAGAAACGGGUCUACAUCUGCCCCGAACCCACAUGUGUUCACCACAACCCGGCCAGAGCCUUGGGAGACCUCACUGGCAUCAAAAAACACUUCAGCAGAAAGCAUGGCGAAAAAAAAUGGAAAUGCGACAAGUGCUCUAAGAAGUAUGCUGUUCAAUCUGAUUGGAAGGCUCAUCAGAAGACUUGUGGCACUAGAGAAUACAAAUGUGAUUGUGGUACUAUUUUUUCCAGGAGAGACAGCUUUAUCACCCACAGAGCCUUUUGUGAUGCAUUAGCAGAAGAAAACAACAAAGUAAACCAAGGACUAAUGAACAACAACAAUAUGGGACCAAAAUUAUUAUCACAAGAGACACAAAUGCCGGAUCUCAUGCCAUCAAUGCCCUUGAGUAGUAACGCAUCCAUUAAUGGGCUUUCUGAUUUCAAGUCAAUUCCACAAGAGCUUAUCCCAAUGCCUUUUAAGCCCAUGAACAGUGUGGUCACUGGAGGCAUGUUUUCCACCAGCUCAGGCCCACUUUUUGGAAGCCCAAGAGGCCUUUCCACAUCUUCAGCCUCCAGCCUUCAACUUAGCUCCAACAGCUCCUCUGGCUUUAAUUACCUCCAAGACAACAAAAAUGUGAGUAGCCCAAUUCUUGCAGCUGGAUCAGCCCAUAUGUCGGCUACGGCCCUACUCCAAAAGGCAGCUCAAAUGGGAGCCACCGCAAGCAAUAGCAGUAUAAACUCCCCCAUGAUACAGAAGAGCUUUGGUAGUAGCAUGGCCAGUCCACAUAUUUCUCAUGACCAACUCUCUCCUGUCAAACAGGCCCAGAUGCAGCUCCGUCCUAUUAAUCCUGCGUAUGAUCAUCAUUUUCAAUCUCAACCAUCCGAUCAUUCCAGCAUGGUUGGCAUCGACGGUGGGGAAGGAGGAUUCAAUCAUACUCAUAAAAGUCAACAAGAAAUAUCGCAUUUGUUUGGACCUAAUGGUCAUGACAUGGGAAUGUAUAGUCAAAUGUUCAUGAACAAUACCAGUUCUACUACUAUUCUAGAACAAGAGGAUAGUAUAAAUUCUAGUUCCAUACAUGGAAAAUUUGCAAUAGAGAGGAAUACAGCAGGAUUGUCAAGGUUUGCGGAGACCGGUGGUGGCGGUGGUGGCGGUAGUGGCAGUGGCAAUGGUGACGACGAUAGAAUAGUGGUUGACUUCAUGGGGAUAGGAGAGCCAAGGCCAGGGAGUGGUAUGCAUGAACAACAACAACAAAGGUUGGAUCAUCAUCAAUUGGAAGCAAUGAGACAAAAUAGAUUGCCUCCAAUGAUGAAUAAUCACCCAUUUCAGCAGCAAGUCUCACAUGGAGACUCUGGGAUGGAAAAGUCCUCCAUUUGGGGAGACGUAUGAAAGAAGAAAAGAAAAAGGAAAAAAAAUUAAGCAAGGUUACUAUUUAAUUAAUAUUUAAUGUGAUGACAGUUUAACAUGGGGCAUGGUGAACCUUGGAAGUUUCAAUUUGGAGUUGAGCUAUGGCUCUGUUGGGCUUGGAAUAGCCUAUUUAGCUAACUGUACACAAAUAUAUGAGUAUUUUCUUUUUCAACCAA